UGUGUGUCAGUGUUUGUAGAUAAGCGGACAGACUAGAUCCGCACCGCACCGCUAUCCGCAUUCUCCCCGGUUUAGGUUUAACAGCAACGUGAGCCAUGUCUUUCUUCUUUAAAGGAGCGGUUACAAGUUCUCCGGUUAAGACCAGGAGGCAGGAGGCAGAAUAUAUUUGUCACAGUCUUGACGUUUCCCAUAUCUCUGACUCCUCCUUUGAGUGUUUCUCCACCAAUCCGCUGACAGGCUCUGUGUGUGUGUGCCGCCGAAGUCCCCGCCUACUAGCCAAUGGUUAUUAUGUUCUGACAGAGGACAGUUUUACCACAGAUGACGAGGGUAACGUCACCCUGACUCCCUCGCACACCAGCGUCUCAUACAAAGAGAAUCUUGUCCGCAUAUUCAGACGAAAGCGCCGGGCAAGAAGGUCACUGGCAAGUCUUCUUAGUGAUGUAAGCCAGUCAUGCCAAUCCUGGCUGGAAGGAAGUGUAUUUAGAAGAUCUGACCCCAUUGCUCCCCUCCAGUCAUCAACAUUGGAGGAGCUGGACAACAGCUAUGAGACAAACACACCCAUCAGCUUCACCUAUGUUCCCACAGAUCCAGUUUCCUCCCCUGAUAAAGUGCCUCCUCAGACUCAGGUAGAAGAGGAGGAGCCUCCAUGUGAGUCAUGCUCCUCCCAUGAACAAUUCAGCCAAUCAGUAAGCGGCCUCCUGGAUGUUCCUCCCCCAUCCAUGUGUCACCUCAGUAUCUAUAGCUCAUCCAGCAAGACAUCAGAAACUGUGCUCAUGAAAGUCCUUCUCCUCAUCCUAACUUUGUGCCUCUGCAUUGCCAUCUCCUCCGGGUGGCUGCUGGGAGGUGUUUCUGCAGCAGUGGCGUUCAUGGUUCUGCUUUCAUCUAUAUGUAUGUCUAAACCUGGAACUGCAGUGCGCUGGAGGAGAGCAAAGACUGAGGACAUCACCUCCAGAAACGAGUGAGGAGGAACCACACGCACAUAAACACAUCUGGGUGAAGUCUGUCCUGAGGAGGCGGAGGAAGUGAGUGUGUGGACACACAUCCUGCAUCCGCUUUAAAAUUAGUUAUAGAUCAGUUUUUGUAGUGGUGUUUUCACUGAUCAGCUAAAGAGUUCUGAAUAUAAUAAUUACUGAAGAGUCACAGAACCAGUGAUGGCAGAUGACUGUCACGGGAAAUUUUACAUGCUAAGAUUAGCAUACAUUUUUAAAUAGAUGGACAUAUCAAUGAAAAAUGAUCAUUCUGUAAAUGUUUAAGAAUUUGAUCAGUUUUCCUAAAUGAAAGACUGGAUUGCAUUAUGAGGGAUUCUUUGAGUCAGGGAGAUGCCCUGCAUGACAGAGCAUAUAAGUGAAAUGUGUCCGUGGUGUUUGUAAAUGCAUCAGCUUGGCUUGGUUAGGCUCUUCAACAUGGUGACAAGGGCGUUAUGUGUUAUUGUCCAGCUUGUCUAGUCAGAUUAUCAGAUUCUAAAAAAUAUUUACUGCAAAACCUAGUUUAAUAUAAUAUUAUAAUGACUUUGCAAGAAAUCUUUAACUUUUGAGAAGUUGUAGCAAAAGAAGUGCUAGUUUAGCCUUGCACAGAUGCCUCAUAUUUGUCAAGUGCCUUUGUUAUAUGGAACAGGAGGAGUGUUAAUGCCAUUUUUCAGGGUUAAAGUCACAUAUCCAUGCUGUGUGAUUUAAGAGGGCUGAAAUUUUAAGCACAAAGUGCUGCUAUCAGGAGUGCAAUAAUUAGAUUUACUAUAAAAGCAUUGCACUUAAAAUAGGAUUUAAAGCUCUUAUUUCACAGGGACUUAUAAAGACAAUUAAACCCUGUUUGCAGGGAAUUAGUGCUGCCAAAGGAGAACAUGUUCUCGAUUUACUGUAUAAUAAGUGUAUAAUUUUGUCACGUUCACACAAGGCAACUGCUCUCACAGAAAGUUAAACUGAGCAAACUGUGAGUAGGAAGCAAUGUCUGUCACAACAUGACCAAAAUGUAUUAAGUGCAGCUGAACUUGUAUCCUCUGAAGGGAAUGGCUAAUUUCUGAUAUUUUUAUUAGGAUGAUGAAAAGUUUUUUAUUGCAAAGAGUCAAAGGUUUUAGGACACAGUGGAGUUUUUAAAAGGCAGCUCGGUUUUGAAGAGCAAAGACAUUCAUGAGGAAACAAAAGCAAAGCAAGGAUCAAAUGAAGUGUUUAAAGUAGGAGCAUUUCAAUUUUAGAGGUUUAAGCCUAAAAAUUUGAAAUCAGACAUGUUUGAGACCAAGCCAAGGUGAAUAAGUGAAUUAUUCAAAUGCAUUUAUCUUAGCCAAUAGAUAUCUAAUGUGUUUAUAUGAAGUGUAUUGUCUUCGGUGUUUAUUGUAAAUGUUUUUGAAGUGUCCAUGAGCAAUGAAACAAAAAUGAAUAUUGCUCUAUAAAAAGUCAAUAUUUACUGUAAAGUGUUCUGUAGAAAAUGUAUCAUUAUAUGGGGCCAAUCACAGAAAGUUGAAAGGUAAGGAUGCUGAAAGGAUUUAAGCUGUUUCUCAGCAAAACCGUGCUUGACAAUAUAAUAUUAAAGGGCUGACAAUGCCAACUAUUGGGCAAAAGUUAAAAGUAAUUCUAUUUAUGGACAUUAAAGUGCUUGUCAUUUAAAGUGCUUGUCCUUAAAUCCUUAUCAGGAAUACUAUGUCCAAUCAGAUUUACAAAACAUUUACAUAAUAUUUUUGUUGCUGUGCCUGGUCCUGUAAUUGCUGCUUGCAGCUAUAUUUAUAAAAAAUUUUGUUAGUACAACAAUUAGUUAGAUGAGGGAUAUAAGCAAUUAGUCCAUUGAAAUGUUGAAAAAAAUACAGAAAAUAAAAAAUGUGUUUUUAUUUAUUCAUGGUUUUUAAAUUACAUAAUUAAUAAGUCACUGGGUACAGAGUUAAAAGGCAAGAUGAUUCCAAUAUGACUGUUUUAAACCAUUGACAUAUUAUGAUUGGAUGUAAUUUUAAUGCAAAAGCAUGUUGUAAAAUUAAGAUGGAAUUGCAGUUUGUACUAAACAUGACUCAUAAUGUGUUCGCUGAUCAGUAAUCUG